AUGUUGUGCGAGUGGUCCUGGACUGUGGCUUCAUCGCCUUCUGUUCAAACGUCCAGACCAGGGCUCGUAUUGCACACAAGUUUUCAGACGAGAUGCAAGCGGACCAAGCCGGUUGACGUCGAGUUUGCACCGACCAAGGCAGAGCAGGCAGAGAGGUCCUCUCCCUCUAGAAGACCUGGAGCCUGUCUCUCUUCUGAGGCCAUCACCAUGACGUCCGUUCUGCAAGCUAGACUUGGCUCCCUAUGCCAAUGCACAGCCCCAACCUUUUCACACCACACACAAGGCAUCCGCUCUGCCCAUUCUGUCAGCUCCCUUAACCCCAUUCGCUGGCCAGAGCUUCAGACAAGCAGGCUCCAGCGGCAAAUAUGUUUUGGGGCGGCAGAUGGUAGUCCCAGGGGGGUUGCAGUGCAAACUAGAGCGGGGAAAAACCGGCCAGGUCCUGCAGAGCGGCGAAGAAAAGAGGCCACAGGAAAAGCCCCCCCAAGAAAGCAACGAACGCGGGCGGAGGAAUUGAUGGAAGAGGCUGAAUCCCAGGAGCUCUCAGAGGAGGAGUUCAACGCGAUGCUCGACGAGCUCGAUGCAGAACUAGAGGAGGACCUAAAAGCGGGGCGGAUCAAGGAGGUCGGGGGGGUGUUGAUCGAAGUCGACGCAGACGAGGGGGGCUCCCCGGCGGCGGAGCUCGGGGCUUCGGUUGAGGACGAGGAAGAAUGGAAGCAAAGAGUGGUAGCAGAAAUCAAGCGGUGGGCGGAGGAAGAAGCCGAGGGGGGGGAGGCACUAGAGGAGGGGGAAGACUUUGAGGAAGGGGACGAGUUUGAGGAAGAUUUCGACGAGUUUGACGAGUUUGAAGAGGGCGAGUUUGACGAGGAGGAAUUUGAAGCCGCAGAUGUUGAGGGUGAAGAGUCUGGAAAUGCAGAGAGCAGCAACGAACAAAAGAACGGAGCUUCGGAAUUGGAAUCAGCCAAAGCAGCGCCCCCGAGCGAGUUUCUGAUCAGCGGUGAUCUGGGCUCACAAGAAUCGCCGGCGACCGAGACUGAAGCGACGGAAGGCGAACUAGUAUCGGAAGAAAAAGCGGAGACGCCCGAGGAGGCGGAGGAGCGCGCAGCCAUGGCACUGGCCCUAUCAGAGAUCACCACGUGGCAGGAGCGCAAGCUCCGGUGGGCGCUCGAAAAGUCGGAACAUCGGCGGCACAAACUGGAGAUCAAGAACAUCGUCUCCGACACCAAGCUCCCCCGAAAGGUCGUCCUGGCGUGGCUCAAGAUCCACAUCAAGGAGCCCCCCCGGCCGCUCGAGUCCGCGGUGCCCAAGAAAAGCGCGCCUGCGGACGCCGUGGCAGAGGGGGAUGGAGAGGAGGAAGAGCUGCGUGGCCCCAGCAAGAAGCGCAUCAAAAAGGUCAACCUGGAGACGUUCGAGAAGGUCUAUCGAAUCGCGCCGCAGCCGUCGAGGGAGCAGAUUCAGGACCUUGUCAAGUUGACGCAUAUACCGUACAAGACAGUCGUUGAAUGGUUCGACAAGCGGAAUGGGUUUACGGCUUCUACAAGUGGCGACGUACGGCAGCAAAGGAAAGAUGAGCGGAAGAAACGUGGGGCUCGAGAUGACGGGGACGAGUUGGCCCCAUUGACAAUGAUCGAGCCUGAGAAUGACGGUGUCAGCAUACGGCCUUGAUAUACAAGGAUUCCGCCUUGUUCUAGGUCUCUUCCUGCAUUUAUGCUUGCCAGAUAUGAGGCUGCUACAUCUGCAAAGGCAGCUUCCGUGACUGCCACACCGCUGA